CAGGGGUGGACUGACCAUUUGGAAACUCGGGCACUGCCCGAGGGCCCGGGGUCAGUAGGGGGCCCCAUGAUAUGCCCCUGGUACCUUUUUCAUAGGCUUUUUGGAGUUUGGGCAAGGACACAGGGGCCCCAUGAUCCCCUGUUGCCCGGGGGCCCCAUGAGUUGUCAGUCCGCCCCUGGACCCUAGGUUCACAUCUAUAUAGCUAAUCGCAAAGCAAUGCAAAGUAACUGUUCUGAGUUCUGUCU